AUGCAACGGCAACUAGAUUUAGUCUUUGUGUGUGACACAACGGGGUCCAUGGGAGCUUACCUUGAAUCUGCCAAGCGAAAUAUCAAGAAAAUAGUAAUGAAAGUGCGUGACUCUGAAAAAAUUGAUUUCCGCUUUGCACUUGUCGAGUAUAAAGACCACAACCCUGGCGAUGAAUUUGCAUUCCGGUCGUAUGGGUGGCGUGUCGACUUAAAAGAUAUGAUAAAGGAUGUUAAUAAGAUGCAUGCGGAUGGUGGAGGAGAUGGACCGGAGUCAGUGGCGUGUGCUUUAAAGUGUGCGUCUGAGUUAGGGUAUCGUACAUAUGCUGCGAAAGUUAUUGUGUGGAUAGCAGAUGCGCCUCCCCAUGGAUUAGGAGGCGACAGUGAUAAUUUUGAAGAUGGAUGUCCAUGUAAAGCGGACUUCCAAGAAGUUGUACUUGACUGUGUUAAUAAGGACAUUCAGAUCUAUUCAAUUGCAGCGGAAAUACUUGGGUUUAAAUACUUAAGAAGCUUAAUGCGAGCGACUUCUAUGAUCACUGGAGGGAAUUUUAUACCACUGGCGUCUGCUGAUUCACUCGGAGAUGUCGUCAUAGCUGGCUCAUUGGAAGAAGUUGGGAUGACUCAAAUGAUUCAAGUCAUCCAACGGCGGAUAGAGUCAAUGGAAGGAUUUGAAACGUUCACACAAGAAAAGAAGGAUGAGAUCUUACGACAAGAACUCGCCGAAGCGACGCAAAAGACUACGUUCAAGCAAAUCGAAGUCAAGUCGAUCUAUAAGGGCGACUUACCAAAAAUCCCGGAGAUCUUUUUCACAGCGAAAAACAUGAAAGAGCUGAAAAAAGGAUUAAAAAAAGUUAAAGAAAGCGAAGUGGAGCUCACUAAAGAGUUCCAAAACUUUGGAGGGGGAAUGUACAUGCCACCAACAAUUAAUAUGGAAAUGUGUACAGAGAAGUUCGUCGAGUACAAAUCAGUACUCCCAGACGACGCUAUGGAAGAAGAAUACGCCAAAGAAAAACCAGUUGAAAAGGUUGUUGAAAAAGUUAUUGAAAAGACUGAAGAAAAAGAAGUGAAAAUGGAAAUGGAAAUACCUAAGGAAGAAACAAAAGAAUUCAAAGAUGGAGAAGUCGUCAGAAUCACCGAAAAAGCACUCGACGACGAACACCAAAACAAAAUCAUCGACAGGUUGAGGAGAAAACUCAUGAAAAAGUGA